GUCAUUCGGCAAAUCUUAUUUUAAGGAUGAGAUGAGGGUCGAGAUUCAUUUUGCGAGACUUUCAUGCUCCUAUCCUGCCAUCUCUUGAAAUUACUUACCAACCACCUCCAUCCAUCACCAGUGAAAAAGUUAAGACUUUUGCAAAAAAAGGCUUUCAACAGUUGGAAAAAUAAUUCCAAUAGCAUUUUUGUGCUUGUAAAGCAAUAAUAUCAAGCAGUGAGGCUUUCUUUUACACUUGCUUACGGUUUCCUAGAAUCUUGAAACGGUUCUUCUCGAUUCGCGAUAGCGUGUUUACGUUCAUAUCGUAAAGAACGCGUCUUUGGCUUUGAAUCUAUCAAAUUCAUUUCCUUUCUAGACCCUCUCAUUUUUUUUAGGUUGUCCGUUUUGUUCCUUUCCGGGACUUACCAGCCUCUCUCUCGUUUUUCACUCUUGGAGCACUAUUUGAUAGUGGACAGUCUUGUGUAUUAAUCAAUCUUUUUUUUUUUACUCUUUUCGCUCCUUGCCAAAGCAACAUUUCCUCCUUGCCUUGUUUUUCAAGCUUUUUUCGUUUUGAUUUUCCUUCUUUCUUUUUCGAUAUUUUUAUGCUUUUUCGUGUUUUUCUUCUAUAGCCCUUUACCUUUUUUUUGCUUUUUUCAUUCAUUUGCAUUUUAUUUCCAAUAAUUCUAAAUUUUGUUUGCUUUAUCUUACUUCGUUUCUUUUGAUUUUAUUUUUUUGUUGCUUUUGGAUUUUGAAUCUUUUGGACUUGUUGAUUUCUAUAAUCAAAGUUGUCUUCUGUCUCUACUUUUUAUUGCACAAGUAUUCUGUUUGUGUUGAGCUAUUUCGAUUAAAUCGAAGCUUUGAUUGAAAAAAAAAACUUUUUCAUACUCAUUUUUCCCUUCAUAAAGUGUCGCUCUUUUGAUAUUUCGCAACCCUGAUUCAUACAUUUUCUUCCCCUCGAAUCAUACAAUUAGUGUUACUAAUUUGAAUAGGCAUUUUACAAAAUCAAUUUUCUUUGUAAAUUUCGGGCAUCUUUGCAUUGAUAAUACUAUACUUUAUUCCGGUGAAUUCUCAUUUUCUUACCUACUAUCCUUUGACAGAACUUGAGUCAUCUUUUGGCAUCUCUCAUUUUUGGCUUUGUGUUUUAUUUAAGUUUCUCCCGUCCCUCUUUUAUAUUGUGUUGCAUCUUACUUUCCAAUUUUAUCUAAUAUUUUGUGAUUAUUGGGUUCGUCAGAUUUUGUUUUCAAUUUUUGUCUAUUCUAAAAUUGCUUUGGAUACAUUUUCCAUACCCGCGUUAUAAGAUUUUCGAAAGGCAUUAGCUAAUUGUCUAUUAACAAAGCGGUUGCUUUCAUCAAGAUUCGUUGGUUGUUGACAAUUCUAUUUCUUUGGAACAAUUUACUUCCUGCUUUUCAGUUCUCUGCAACUUUCUUUAUAUUAUAUUAAGCGAAUAUUUGACACAACAUGUUCGUUGGUUCACCCAGUAUUAGCAAGCAACCUCCUUUGCUAUCUAAAAAAAGGCUUCCUGAGUCGUUGAACAUUAUGGACGACACUAUUCGUGGUUCUUCUUUGGUUCCUGCUGGGAUUCUAAAUGGCGAAGACGAGGGUCAAGCGUUGCAUAUGUCUCCCCAAAAUCCAGAACCCCAGUUAGGAAAAGCUGAUCCUGAUUAUUUGCCGUCUUAUGCUUCUUUGAAUCCAUUGGGGGAGAAAUCCACCACUCCCACUGGAAGGCUGCUUGGUGGUUUGAACGGGGGUUUGGCGUCUGCACCUCCUAAAAUGAGCAUUAACUAUCCACGAUUCUUUGCUAUAAAAAUUGAAGAUCUACCUCGAAAUUUAACUCCUCGAGAAUUUUCUUGUACUUUCUUGUUUGCUAACAACGUUAUAUCUAUGGAAAUUGUCCCUCCUACAUCUGAUAAUGAUACUGCUUAUGGAUUAACUGUGUUUUCUUCCAGAGACGCAGCUCUCGCGGCUCGUGAUGUUUUACUUUCGAGUGAUCUCUAUGGUCUUUGCAAUGUGACCGUCAUUGAUAAUUAUCGCAAUCUCAGCCAAACAAAUGUAAGCGACGGGACAGAAGGCUCAGAAAGUAGUGCUCGCUUUUCUAGAAACCAUUCUCCUAUUCGUCAACUAUUUGGUAAUCGUGAUAUUUUACGCCGUCCAAGCAAUCAUAUUUCGAAUUCUGCUGUCGGCCAUAAUGAUGUUGCUUACGAUCACUCCAAAACUCCUUUGAAUGAAUCAUUUGCAAGCGCUCCUAGUAGCACUUUGCAAUCUGAUCGGCUAUGGUCGUCGUUCCCUGUGUCAUAUCCAUUAUCGUUAGCCAAUGCUCUUACGAAGGAUGAUGUCUCUUCUCCCACAUGGUCCCCUACCGCCAAUAAAAGCUCUAUUUUACGACAAGAUACCGUCCCUCCCGUUAUGAGAUUUAACUCACUUUCGAUAAACACAAACGUUUCUCGGCCCUGUCUCCCUUCAGAUAAGGGAGGUUAUGCACAUUCACUGAGUGCCCAAUCUCCUCAUCCCAGAGUUCUUUCAGCCAAUGGUGCCUUUGGUGUUAACAGUCCUCCUUUAACACCCUCUAAUACCAGAGACUAUCCUCUGUCUGCUUCAACUGUUCCACCUUCCACUCCGUUUUCACCUUACGCAUCGCAUCAUGGUAUUCAUCAAAGAAUUCCCGCUACAACGCCUACCAACAUUAAUCCUGCCGAUCAGAACCCUCCUUGUAAUACUAUUUACGUUGGGAAUCUUCCGCCCUCUACAUCUGAAGAUGAAUUAAAAGCACUUUUCUCAACGCAACCUGGCUACAAGCGUCUUUGUUUCCGUACCAAAGGAAAUGGUCCAAUGUGUUUUGUUGAAUUUGAGAAUAUCCCUUGUGCUAUGGAAGCUUUAAAGGCACUUCAAGGUGUUUGUUUAAGCAGUAGCAUAAAGGGUGGUAUUCGCCUUAGCUUUUCAAAGAAUCCGUUGGGUGUACGUUCGUCCAGCUCUUCUCAUAACCACGGUAAUGUUCGUAACCUUCAUUCUGGAUCGAUGAACAAUUAUGGUGCUGGAUUUUUCCUUAAUGAUACAGGUCAGCAUGACACUCACAAUAGCCCCAGUUGGGCCAAUAAUUUAAUGUAUGGCAAAUAGAUUCUCUCAGCAUUUCCAGAUUCGCACCGUUGCCUAUAACUGCCAAUUAGAAUGCCUUGUACUUCAUGUUUCAUAUGUAUCCUUGGUUUUUUUGAUAUUCUUGCAUGUUGAUUUUUUGUUAUUGGUUCAUUAGAUUCCUUCUAAUUCGUUUUUUUAAUUGCCAGAACUAUAAAAGCCUUCCUCUAUACUAAGACUUAAUGAAUUUAAAUGGCGAAAAAUACCGUUGAGAGAUUAGGAGAAUUUUUCAAUAUUUGUAGUAAUUGGAAGGCUUUGUUUUUGAGGUCUCAUAGUGGGUUUUAUGUAACCAUACACUGCUGCUCUGAAAUAUUCAAAAUUUUGCUAUCUUUUUAAGUUUUAGUUGUUUGCUUUUCAAUUGUUUAAUGAAUAAAUAUGUAGAGUUCCAUAAUAUGUGAAA